AUGGCUUCGACGAAGUCCAUUCCCAAGCGGAAAACUAAGUCGACUGCGAUUCAGCUCGGAAAACUCCGUGGAUUUCAAAUCCCAGAUAGCAUUGCUGAAUGGGAAGAAAUUAUUUCCCAGAACCCACACCUUAGGAAACUCACAAUCAAUACUCUCCCGUCCGACUUCAUUGCAUCUGCAUCCAAGGCGUCGGAGUCUCAAUAUCUUAUGCUGCGCUCUUUUAGGGAGUUUACUAUGUCUGCACAGGACUUACUUGAUGAAGCACCCAAAUUUGGGCUCACGCCUGCAAUUUUACAAUCUGCAGAAGGCAUUCUCGAGCGUCGAUUUUUGCAACUCGUGGGGACUCCUACAUCGAUCGACGAUAUUUCCGAGCAUAGUCCGGGAUGGCCAGGCUCUUUUGCUGUUGUCCGACGUCUCCAUGAAGAAGUCAUGAGAAUCGAUGGAAUUAGCGAUUAUGAUCGGAAUCACCGCGAGUUGCCGAUUGCCGAAGAUGAGGCAACAGUGAAUACUGCGGCUAUUGUCUUUCUGCAGACCAUAUCGCACUUGUGGGUUCAUAACCGGGUGCACUUGACUUGCGGUGUAGUGAAUGAGUUCGAAGCAUUCACAGAUGGAGUUCUUCGCUCCAAGAGAGGGGACAACAAGUUCAGCAUCGUGGAAACUAAAAAGGCAUCUAGCGGCCAAGACCCUAAACGGAUCUCCAUACAAGAAACUUGCCAAUUGGCUUCCUGGCAUAUGGAAGAAUCGUCAAACAAAGAGGCUUGUUUCAAUGGACAGUAA